AAAUCCGAAACUCGCAACAAGCACAGCUCAGUUGCUUGGUGCCAUUGACGACUGACUAAACACAGUAGGGACCACCAGGCCGUCCAAGUGCCGUAAGCUUGCGCCGCGCAAAAAAUAUCUCGGAGUUCAAAUAACCGUACAAAUAAACUAGAUUGUGUUUUUGCGUCGGUGUGUCUCUCUGUGUCUGUCCGCCCGUGUAUAUUUGACUGUGUCUGUGUGUGUGCCUGUGUGUGUGUGUCAGAGUGUGUGUGUGUGUGUUUUCGACUAAGCCAUUUCUAUAAGUAUAUAUAGUAGCGCCUAAAGUCGCGUUCGUUCAUUCGAACAUCAAACUUCUACGACAAACGUCAAAAGUCUAACGGUCGAUAAUAAAUCGAAAGUCAAUCGAAAUCUAUAGUCGCCAUCUUCACUUCCGGUCGGCGACAUUCGCAAGAUAAACGAACCAAAACCAAUUGUGCCUUUUUCAAGUUCUUCAAUUUACACGUGUCCUAAAAUUUAACAUAUGUUCACACACACACAUACAAACAUAUGUAAAUAUGCAUAAAUAAUAAAUAUAUAUAUAACAACAACAACAACAACAACAAAACUACUCGACUAGUCGCACCAUCUCGCUCUCGCUCGCACUCGCACUUGCCGCUCACGCACCCACAAUUGCAGUCGCCGGAGACGCCGCCACAGCGAAACUCAUGCUAAUUUGAAACGCAGACAAAAUCAGCAGAAGCAGCAACAGCAGCAGCAGCAGCAGCAGCAGCAAUAAUUCCAAGUAGAAACCCAGUCCCCGGGCAUAUGUGGAUUAUACAACCGAGAUAGUCAAAGGCAGACUGCUCGUUAAUAACUAUUGUAAUUAUCAGUGCUAGAUUAUUAUCAGUGCAACGGUGCAGCGAUAACUGGGAGGAGGUGGGUGGCCGGUGGAAGGAGGAAGGAAGAGCACAUCUCAUCUCAGAGCCGGAUCGGGCUAAUCAACACAAUGUCAACAAAUGUGAUUCGCCAAAACCGAAUCGAAUCCAUUGCACAAACCGUAUUAAACAGCAGUUGAGAGUUGAGUUCGUUCAGGUUUGGGUUGUGGACGAGCGCUCAUUGCUAGCUAGGAGAAACAGCGACAAAACAACGAACAAAACAAAAAAAAAAAGAAAAGAACAACAAGACAGGCAAAUUAGUAAUUAAACACAAAUUUGCACAUAACACGGAAGACACAGCCGGAGCAGGAACACAUAAAUAUGCUGACCACGGACAAGUGCACCUCGUCGGCACCGACGCCAAUUAUCAUUAGCAGCAGCGCGAUCAACAAACCACCGAAAUCUCAAUGUCAUGCGUCGGAACAGCAUACACACCACCUCCACCAACCACCGCAACAGCAUAUCCAUUCCCAUUCCCACACCCACACCCAUCCUCAUGCCCAUUCCCAUUUGCAUUGCACACACACAACGCAGCCGCAUUGCCAGAAAUAUGCACCGGAUGCACCGCGAAGGAAUCUGCAUGAGCUGCUCCUGGAACUGUUGGAUGUUAUGUUAUCCUGCCUCAUCGUAGCGCCCUGCGUGAUCGCCUACUGGCGUGGCACUUGGGAACUGAUGGGCUUCCUGCUCUUCCCCAACAGCAAACCCUUGUCGGCGCUCGCCUCCUUUGCGAUCGGCGGUGCGGGACACUUUCUAUUCACCAUCACGCAGAACUUCUUUAAGGAUAACAUACAUCCCGAUAAGCGGCGACUCACCUACUAUGCUAUCUCUCGCCUCUACACCGCUGUCUUUGGCGUCGUCUGUGUGAAUAUGUGGCGCGGAGCGUGGCUGAUCUGUGACUGGCUGACGAGCAUCGAUUCCCUGACCAUCAUUGCCGUGGUGACUCUGGUCUCCAUAGUCUUCCUGAUCGCAACUCGCACUCUCCGCAAUCUGGGCGCAGCACCCUACACGGUCACCAUGGAUCACAAGACCGACUACUUUGAGGUGGACACCAUGUUCAAAAUACCGGGCUUCAAGCAACCAGGUCUGUAUGUGCUGGACACACUGUUUUCGGUAUUCGUAAUUGGCACCCUGGUGGUGAUUGCGUGGCGUGGUAUUUGGGGCAUCUUUGAUUUAACCCUGUUUCCGGAGGACAAGGCAAAGUCCGCAUUUGGAUCGCUGCUCAUUGGUUACCUAACGGUAUUUGUGACAUUUAUCAUACAACCCCUAAUGCGAUACGUGUCCCGCCGCCUCAGCGGCAUCCUAAAGAUAAUCAUUUGCGAUAUAUACUAUCUGAUGUGUUUCUUUGGCGCUGUGAACGCUUGGCGCGGCAUCUGGAAUCUGCUGGAUGUUUACGUCUAUCCGGACGAUCUUCUGAUGAGCUCCUGGAUAACGCACAUCAUUCCGUUCCUGGCGCUGGCCGCGCUCAAGUGCUCCAACUCGAUUCUGGUGCGUGGCGUGUUCAUCGAUGCAGAGGGAUCCGGUUCGGAGAGUGUCCACUUACCCAUCAAUUAUGUGCGACUGCAUUUCCUGCGCGAACGCAGCAAGAAACUGGAUGUGGCACACAAUCGUCAUUCAGAGCCGCCGCAUUAUUACCUGAAAGCGGAUCAUGGGACACUGGGCCGGGGACAUCUGGAGAAGAAUAUGGAGGCGCAGCAUAGUCUCAUCGAGAAACCCCAUGCCACGGCACAGAUCAUAUAGAGGAUCCCGUCACGAUUCCUGAUAAAAUUACGCUAGUUUAGGUGUUAUACUAAUUUUAAAUGCAUAAACUUAAUUGUAACUCGUUGCAUAAUUGAUGCUUGAUGUGCAAGCAUACUUAAAAGCCUGGAGUGUUAUAUUUAGUACUGUACAAAAUAAUUACACUGACUAUAUGCAUAUAUAUAUAUAUAUUUAUCGUAUAUAUAUAUUCGUAUAUAUCAUUGUUAGGAAUUCACUUUUGUUUUCGAUUCCCUUCUGUACAUUAAUGCAAUUUCACUUUCAAUAUAAUGAUUUCUUUGUAAAUA